AUGCUGGCGACAGCGGAAGCCAUCCGGCAGGGCCAGGCAAAGGAUAGGCGAGAGGAACACCGCGCUCGACGGUGCAACCUGGUCGCGACAUGUGUGAAGGCAUCGACCAGGAAUCAAGAGAUUGAUGGUCGGCGGAUCGUGCUGCGAGACCAGAAGCUCUAUAUUGACAAGGUCGUCACGAGGUCGAGGAGUGUUGGUAUUGAUAUUGACGAUGAUUUUGACGACGAUGAAGAGGCCGAUAAACAACCACUUGGACAUCCUUUCGCCGGAUAUUUCCUCCCAUAUCCAGAGGCAAAGUACGAAGGCCUCGUCUCGACCAUCUGCGAUACCCCGCCGAUGUUGAACUGGAUCUACGUCGACAAGCGCACGCACGAGGUCAAAUACGGUCUACGGGUAGACGCCCAGCCCAACGUGACAGGGCCAUGGGAUUGCACCAGGCAAGACCGCCGGAUGACUCUGGAGGGAUGGGAGGGAUUUGUGGUAGUCGAGGAAGAGCCAGGUCUGUGGGCUCUGUAUUUCGACCGUGACGAUGACGGCCUGCGAUCAAAGGUUCCCCAGGGAACAAGGGUCUUGGAGGUCGAAUUGUGGAGGAGGGAAAAGAGGUGGAAAAGGGAUCUGGAUCUGCGGCAACAGGAACAGGCAAAGCAAACUACCUGA